GCACACAACCAGAGAAGAGCAAUGGUUUUUCUACCCAUGCUAGAGUAGAGAGGGAGCGUUACACGUCUUUUCCUUUUCAGUUUUUUUCUUUUUCUUUUUCCAGCGCAUUAUUUUGAGAUAUCCAAGAAAGAAAAAAAACUUGUUGUCCGACACGGUCACCUGGUGGCUUUGCACAGCAUGGCCCAUGGUUUUCAUUUCUCGUUUCGUAUACUUGUUAUAUAUUUAUUUACAUGUACAUACGUCCGUACACGCCACAUGCAUACCUUAUAAACGCGCUCGUUCGCAGACGUGGAACACGAGGCGAGCUCGUAUCUCUCUCUACCCGGCCCCAGGCGCCGGUCUGGCGUCUACCAUCCGAUGAGAGAUGUAUCAGAGAGCGGCAGGGAGACCGGGCUGCCGGGGUUGGGGGGGAGGGAGGUUUCCCCUUUUCGAUGCAAGGGAUCCCGUCAUCUGCCUCCGCAUGCUCCCCCUCCUUCCCUUCCACCACCCCUCCCCUCUAUCUCUCUCCAUCUCCUCCCUGCGUGACGUUCGCGGCCCGUCGACGAUGGCGGAGCUUCUACAAUCCAUCGUCGCGACAGGAGCAACAGGGGAUGGGGAUCCCCUCCCUUGCCUCCGCUGCUCCUCGUUUCCCAAGCACCUUGUCGCCCAUGGGUAGCCCCAGACCUAGAAGAGGCGAUUGCUCCUCUCUCUUCCACCCCACCCCUCUCCUCCGUCUUUCUCCGGGAGCCCGUGGGAGAGAAGAUUGACCGGCCGGUAAGGCGGCGGCACGGCGCACGUCUCGCCGUUCUUUCACCGGGCCGAACAAGCCUGGGUUUCAGCUGGCCGGAGAGAGAGAGAGAGAAAAAACAAAAAGACGUUCUGGGGUUCGGCGGCUG